AUAACCUCAGCCUACAAAGUUUCAAGAAUUGGGUGUGUUGCAGAAUCUGCACAAAAACCUAAAGACUUGUCUUAUGAAAGGAUUAUGGAGUUAUGCACAUAGUUAAAGAAGAGACGCUCUCGAAGUUCAACAGUGACAACCGAGUAAAAAGAUUGCUGAGGUUUCCUGCAAUCGCUGUUAGCUGCAACCACAUCUGUUAUGGCGUCUCGGGCAUGAUCUAUGAGGAGUCUCACAAACCUUCCGCCAGUUUCGACCGCUCAAGUUUACCUUCUUCUACAUUGCCGAUUCGCCAGGACUGAAAACUUUCAGAACCCAGUUCUUGACUCAAAGCGCAUCUUCACUUUCAAGCGAAUGUCGAAGGCGAAACUCCGCAAUCCCACUGAACUCAUCCAGCUUCAAAUGCGAGGGUUCAACACAGUGAUAGACGAUAGUUUCAAGCAAAACGACGGGGUCAAACAGAUGAAGACCAGUAUAUGUAUCUUUGAAUGCAGGAGUGAAGACGAGCACGUACCACAAACACCGACCUUGAACUCCUCUCCGAAGUUCACUGACUGGUUCGUUUCAUUCUCCGCAUGGCAUCUCGGACCAGGACUUAAUCUAGCUUGGGGAAAUUUUGGCGUUCCCAAUGUGCAAUACCAACAUCCCAGGACGUCAUGAAAUGUAGAAUCUGAUCACACAUAUUAGGGAUCUCUUGGUUGUGUUAAUCGAGAUCGGGAGGUGGCUGGCGUGUUUGUUCCUGACUGUGCGUGCGAGUGUGUGUGAUUGUGCAGCGGUUGAUGAGCCAGAGCCACUGCAUUGAUGUUUUGUAGAGUGUUCGUUAGUUUGAUGAGUGUGGAGUUCCGAACCCCGGAUGCACCUUCACCUACAAGUUUUGCAGUAGUGUGGAAAAUCAUGACAACAAAAAGCACAAUCUCAGGUUCAUAAGAAUCUCUGAUAUUCUUAUUCUUCGGUUGCAGAGAAUUGGAAACUUGAUCAUUGCUAGGAACAUUUCUUGGAGUGAUUUUUCUGAACCAGGCAAAACAUGUGUUAGUUGAUUGAUAAUCAAAUCCACGACCCAUUGAAGUCAUCACCUACAUCGUAACAACCCACUUGUAAAUAUCGAGAAACGAGUUAUGAAGGCAUUUGUAGGGUUCCACACAUGAACCAUUCCGCCAUUCAGUGACGAAUUGGAAACGCACAAUACAAGUGAGUCAACAUAUUGAGUAUCAAAUCCGUCGUUCUCGACGGGAUGUGGCCACGCAGCACACCCCACGACCAAGAUUUCUGAGAAAUUUCACUGUGCAUUGAAGCUUACUGAAGUGAUGAGAGUUGAGAGGACAAGGGGUUGAAAGUCACUCAGUAAAGCUUGUUCUUGGUGAACUGUCCAACUGUGCGGAUCAAGAACAGAAUGCUCAAUUCUCAACUUAAAAACAAAUUGAGUGACCUAAAACUAGAUUUCGCACUGACAAUGCAGCGUUCCAGUUGCCGAUGGCAUUACAGUUCCCAGCAGGCAGGGCCGCAGUUCCAGCUGGAUCCAUUGUGCGCAUCUUCUGCUCACAGCUCCGCAUCCACUGUUCACCAAUGAUCACGUCAACAUCGAUGAGGUGGGCGUUGCAGCAUCCCACAUAGCUCGGAUGGGAGAGUUUUGUUUCCCUCGCUUGUGACUUUCUUCGCACCUCGGAACGCAUGAGGCGAGAGAUAUGGUUUGACUCUCCGUGUGCGGAAUCGGCUACGAAGGAAGGAAACGGAAUUUUGCGCCAUGGCUGGACUGAGCCGGACCAUUUUUAGCUUCCCUGAGGAUAGUUGCAUCUUUGCGAUUUUGCUCUUUGUUCCCUAUCUGAGCCUCUGGGUUUUCGAGCGAUCUGAUUGUCAGCCAUCAGAGACCAAUCUGGAGCUCCGACUUUGAGGUGAUCGAGGCUCGACCCAUCACAGGAGUAGCUCUGUCACACUGCCCUUCGAUUAGGUCAAAGAGACGGAAGUUUCUCUCUGGAUGUUUGAAUUUAGUGCAUGAAAGACUUUGAGGGUCGGACUCGAAUAUUACACGGAUUGGUCUUGAAGCACUAUUCACAACUCUGGAAACUUGUUGAAGUGGUAUACAAUUCAGACGCACAGGCCGUUUCAUCAAAACUCCGCAGUUUGAUGGUUGACUGGUGGUGAAGAAGGUUACAUGCGCGCAACUGGACUUGAGGUAACCGAGGACAUAAAUUAGGCACUUAGCUUCGUAAUUAGAGCUAAGUGCAUUAAUGUUAACGAGAGCUUGCGAUUAUUCAAAGUGGAAUGCGGGUAUUAGGUGUAUUAGGGGGGGGCGGAGGGGAAUGUAAAAGAGCAGAUUCAGAAUGGGAAGGAUGAAGGAUGGCAUUGAGACGGACAAUGCCAGGCCGGCACUCUUCUCUGCGGUGCUGGAAAGGUUGGCAAAGGAAAUGGAGCGAGUUGAGAAAGCCGCCAAAGGUGUAGAACAAGAAAGUUUCAGAAUAUUGUCCAUGUACCUGAAGAGUAUUCUCGUAUUUUUGGAGGAAUUGAGGCAUAAGGAGGUGGCCGAUCCUGUAGCGAUGCACAUUGCUUUGAUGGAGUUGGAACAGGAACUGGAAAAAGCACAUCAUCUUAUUAAGAAAUACGGCUCCAAGAGUAAGUUCUACCUCGUGGUGAAAUGUCAAGAGUGUCUGAAAGAGAUGGAAGACAUAGUUCAUGCCAUCGGUCAUUGCUUAGACGCGAUACCAGUGGUCAAUGUGGGCUUGGCUGUGAAAACACAGGAAAUGAUAACGAAGCUGUCCAGUGAUAUGCGCACGGCCCAGUUCAAAGCUUCGAUUUCUGAGGAGGCGAUCCUUGUAGAAAUUGCUGACGGCGUCCGCGACGGCCAGAACAACUAUGAAUAUGCAAACGAUCUACUUUUGCAAUUAGGGCAAGCAGCUGGAGUCUCGACUGAUCCAACAUGUUUGAAGUCUGAGUUGGAUAAACUAAAGAGAGACAAGGAAGAUGCAGGAGCUCAGGGUAAUCAGGAAGAGUUUUGGCUUCUUGAGCAAAUUGUUGAUAUUCUUAUUCGUACCGAUGCAGCUACUUCUACAAUCGAAAAGGGUGUGAAUUACCAGAAGAAGCGUGGUUCAGGUAGGUGGGAUGAUCCCCUUCUACCUCUACAGUCCUUCUACUGCCCAAUCACUCAUGAAAUUAUGGAGGAGCCAGUCGAGAUAGCAUCAGGUCAAAUCUUUGAAAGGUCUGCGAUUGAGAAGUGGUUUUCUGCUGGAAAUGCCAACUGUCCCACAACAAAGAUUGAACUUGAAAAUUUACAGAUCAAGCUCAACCUUGCUUUGAAGCAAUCUAUACAGGAAUGGAAGGAGAGGAACAUAGUCAUCAGUAUCGCUGCCACAAAAACAAAACUACAAAGCAGUGAUGAGAGUGAAAUUUGUUCUUCAUUGAGAACGUUGCUCGCACUUAGUGAAGAAAAAAGUAUUCAUCGGCAUUGGAUUUCUCUUGAGGGCCUCAUUCCUUGUUUGGUCUCACUUCUUAAAUCCCAUCAAAGAACUGUCCGCAAAGGUACUCUUGAGGUGCUUCGCAGCCUUUCUGUUGACAACGCAGAGAACAAGCAAAUUGCAGUAGCGGGUGCAAUCAAGUUGGUGGUGAAAUCGUUAGCGAGGGAUGUGGGAGAAGGACGGCAAGCAGUGGCUCUCCUUCGAGAGCUCUCUAAAAAUUCUGAAAUCUGUGAUGAGAUUGGCAAAGUGCAAGGAUGCAUUUUACUGCUUGUCUUUAUGUUGAAUGCUGAGAAUCCCCACUCUGUUGGUGAUGCCAAGAAGCUUCUCCAUGAUCUUGCAGAUAGCGAUCAGAACAUUGUUCAAAUGGCUGAAGCAAACUAUUUUGAGCCUCUCACCCAACGUUUGAAUGAAGAGUCCCUCCGCAGUAAAGCUUUGUGUCUUGUAAUGGCAAGCGCCUUGUCGCACAUGGAGCUUACGGACCAAAGCAGAAUAGCUCUUGCGCAGCAGGGGGGCAUCCCCCCGCUGGUUGAGAUGCUCUCAGUGGGAAAAAUGGAAGCAAAAGUGGCAGGUCUGGGAGCCUUGAAGAAUCUAUCAACCCCGCCUGCCAACCGCGAAAUCUUGCUUAAAACUGGAGUGAUAUCCCCUCUUCUGCAGCUCUUAUUUUCCGAAACCUCCGUUACAGCAAGUUUGAAGGAAAGUGCAGCUGCCACACUUGCGAAUCUAGCUAUGGCAACAACAGCAGAGCUGGACAUGUACGGUAGUAUUCUUAAUUCAAACGAAACACUCUUUCAGUUGUUGUCUGUGGUCAAUCGUGCAGGGCCAGUCACCCAAGGACAUCUACUCCGUGCGUUUCUAGGCAUGUCCAGCAUCCCGAACGCUACCGAGGUUCGAAACAAAUUGCGAGAAGGGGGUGCCAUCCAGCUCAUUCUCCCUCUCUGCGAGUUUACUGCUGACAACGUUCGCCUCCACACCCUCCAGCUUUUGAAGUGUUUGACAAGUGAGGGCGCUGGUGACGACCUUGCAGACCACCUAUGGUCAACAUACAUCAAGGCUCUGGUGAAUUUACUACUGGACUCGAGUAAAGACGACGAAAGAAUGGCAGCUGUAGGAAUCAUCUGCAAUUUUCCAACCAACAACACCCACCUGACCGACCUCCUCCUGCAAGCUGACGCAUUGCCGGCUAUUUUGAACCUCCUCCUACCCACAAAAGGGACUAAGAUGGGUUCUUGGGCUAACCGCUCCGCAAUGACAGAAAGCGCCGCUGGUGUUCUCUUACGUUUCACUUCUCCGGUGAACAGCAAUGCCAUCUCACUUCAACAGAAAGCAGCCGAUCUAGACGCAAUUUCUUGCCUUGUGCAACUCUUGCAAACUGGCACCCCGGUGGUGAAGUGCAGAGCUGCAACCGCUCUGAGCCACUUCUCUCGAAACAGCGACAGACUGGCUUCAAAAGUCGUUGCCUCUCGAUCAUGCUGCUUGCGGCCAUGGUUCAACAGUCACACGUCAACAAGGUGCAGCAUCCACGAAGGUCUGUGCUCUGUGAAGACAAAUUUCUGUCUGGUGAUGGCAAAUGCUGUAGGACCUCUAGUGCAAGCCCUGGAAGAGCAAGAGCAAGGAGCUGAUGAGGCGGCUCUCAAUGCCCUCAACACCCUCCUAGUCGAUGACACCCACCUCGAGAGUGCAAUCAAGGUGAUUGCUGAAGCCCAAGGCAUCCGCAACAUUGUGAGGUUACUGACAGCGGGUAGCGUGGGUGCCAAGGAGAGAGCUGUGAUGAUGCUGGAAAAGAUUUUUCGCAUCGAGGAGUACAAAGUUGAGUUUGGGAGCACAGCUCAAAUGCCGCUUAUUGCCUUAACUCAGACAGGUUCCAUAGCAACUCGGCCAGUUGCAGCCAAAGUUCUGGCCCACUUGAACAUCCUCCACAACCAGUCAUCAUAUUUCUAACAAGGUAAGUUGAGCUCGGGGUCUAGAGUUCGAAGAGGGGAAGCUAAAGUUACCCGACACUCUCUGCCUCCCAUCUAUUAAUUCUUUCCACGUGUAAUAUCACGCACUCUGUAAUGCUCAUCAUGAAUUAAAUAGUAAUUGUUACCACGUUUUCCACUCGAAGUCCUCCGUAGCACCAAGUGGGUCUUCUUCCUUACUUGCUUCUCUGCUUAUGCAACCCCCUUGUUCUUGUAUCUUUGUUGCUACAAACUCUUGGAGUGGCGAUGGAGUGCCUCAUCGGGGCUUUCCUGCAGCUAUUCAUGAGAAUGCAAACCAGUUCUCUGAAGACAAAACUUGGAAAACCCCAUUGUGGUCCCAAGGCUGGCGUGAGAUACAACACUGAUAUGUUCACAUGCUGCCCAUGUGGGUGAGCUCCUCCUGCUGUAGCUAAACUAUCUUGUGUUCACAGUUUUGUUGCUAAAGCAGAAAAUGUUUUGCUGCAUGCAAGAAUGUUGUGGAAUUGAGAUAUUUAGGAGUGGAAAGAUGUGAUUUCUAGGAUUUCGGGGAUUUCUAUCAUUUUUUACGUGUUUAGAUGUAACCAAGAAUCCGUUCAUGUCCUCCCAACGUUGCAUCACAGCAUGGGUCAUUUCUAAAUGUUUUAUUUAUUUUAUUUUAUUUUAUUGAUGUGUUCUUUUA